GUCUAACCUCCACCUCGCCUGCACCGCUUUCCUCCUCUUGCAAAGUAGGGUGUUGAACAAACCGGCAAGAUGUCUGAAAAAAAGUUGACAUCGAGCCGAAAGCAUCAUCUGAAGAGCUUGAUGCUUUCGAUCGCCCAGAGCAUGCUGGAGGCAGAGGCAGCUGAGGCAGAGCAGGAGAAAAAGAAGUACAUGGAGGAGAACUGCCCCCCACUCAGCCUGCCCGACAGCAUGCAGGAGCUGCAGGAUCUAUGCAAAAAGCUUCAUCAGAAGAUUGAUGUUGUUGAUGAGGAGAGAUACGACAUGGCUGCCAAAGUUACCAAGUGCAACAAGGAGAUUGAUGAACUGAAGAUUAAAGUGAUUGACCUGAAGGGCAAGUUCAAGAAGCCAGCGCUGAGGAAAGUGCGUAUGUCUGCUGACGCUAUGCUGCAGGCUCUGCUGGGCUCCAAGCACAAGGUGUCCAUGGAUCUGAGAGCCAACCUGAAACAAGUGAAGAAGGAGGUGAAAGAGGAGGAGAAGGAAGCGGUCGGUGACUGGCGUAAGAACAUCGAGGACAAGGCUGGCAUGGACGGCAGGAAGAAGAUGUUUGAGGCAGAGGCCUAAAUGGGUUGUAUUUGCUGGGGCUGACAUUUGUUUUUCAGUAGGUUUUGGAAAUAGGCCACACUUCGUUCACCAUUCGCACUCUCUUUGUCUUCAUGAUUAUUCUGUUGUUGUUUUUGCACAUGGUCAUAUUUAUUGAGGUACAGUGUAGUGGGAAAGCCUAAUGCGCACAUCUGUAGCAGUUAUGGAUCGACAACUUACUUGCCUCUUACUAUCUUGGAGGUAUGCAGUUAU